AGCACAAGCAGCCAUUUUGGAUACCCUUUUAAUGAAGUAAUUAUUUGCCCUUGAUUCAUUUUAUUCUUCGUUGUUCAUAAUUGCACUUAAAAUCGUUUCUAAACUUUUAUAGCUGUGGAGGUGUUGUGAAUUUAGAUUAGUGAUUAUAUCCUAAUUUUGUUUGUGAUAGUGGUUCAUCAGACUGAGCUUUCAUGAUUGGAUUACCGCGUAGCGAUAGAGAUAGAGAUCGUAUAACGGUGAAAAUUCGUAACAUGAAGAGAAGUUCAUCCAGGGAUAGUAUGCCGCGAUCUAAAAGAACGCGUAGUAGCAUAGGAAGGUAUGACGAUAGCUCCGACGAGCGUGUCACGCCAGAAAGGGUGCGUCGGCGAGUUCGCUCACCUAGCCCCCGUGGACGAUACGUUUCACCCCAUCGUGAUGAUUAUGUGCGAUCCCGGGAGGUUAGAGAGGAAUCCGUGCGACCUUAUUACAAGGUUUUAUGUGUAAGUGCUUUACAUCCUAAAGCUUCGGAUGAGAUCAUUAAAGAUACGUUGUACAGAGAGUACAAAAAGUUUGGUGAUUUUAGUAUCAAAAUUUCUCAUGAGCUGGACGAACGGGUUGCGUAUGUUUGUUUCCGUAGUGCAGAAGAUGCACGAGACGCAAAGCACGCAAAACCAAGAAUUAUUCUAUAUGACAAAGUUGCUAUAGUUGAUCCUGUGUAUGAACCUGUUAGGUCAGAGUAUAGAAGUAGACCGAGAAGCAUUACUCCUCCUGAUUAUGAUCGUCCUUAUUCCUAUGCUUGGUCUCCAGUUGCCGAAAGACGAAGACCACCACCUGACGAUAGGGCUUACGGAGUACCUCCAACAGUUCCUCCUCAUCACAGAGACUUUCGCCCUCCGAUGCAUGAGUAUCCUAUGGCAGGUCCCCAUGGACCCCCAAUGCACCACCGUCCACCAAUGCAUCACCCUCCCCACCCACACUACAUGCCCAGGCCAUACAUGCCACGCCCGCAUCAUCCACCUUUUGAGAAGAUUGAAAAUAAAAAAGACAAAUUUCCAAACUAUUUACAUCAUGUUCAACCAGAAGAUGAUCCCUUGGCAACCAGAACUUUAUUUGCUGGGAAUUUAGAAAUCAAUAUAUCAGAUGAGGAACUUCGAAGAAUUUUUGGUCGCUAUGGUAUUGUUGAAGAUAUAGACAUUAAAAGGCCACCACCGGGCACUGGUAAUGCUUUUGCUUUCGUACGAUAUCAAACUUUAGAUAUGGCCCACAGAGCCAAAGUAGAGUUAUCUGGCCAGUACAUUGGUAAAUUCCAGUGCAAAAUUGGCUAUGGUAAAGCUACCCCAACAACUCGUGUAUGGGUCGGAGGUCUUGGUCCAUGGACGUCAGUUGCGCAACUGGAAAGAGAAUUUGACAGAUUUGGUGCCAUAAAAAAAAUUGAAUAUGCUAAAGGUGAACCACAUGCAUAUAUUUUGUAUGAUUCAAUUGAUGCUGCACAAGCUGCAGUUAAAGAAAUGAGAGGAUUUCCUCUUGGUGGUCCUGACAGGCGCCUUAGAAUUGACUUUGCAGAUGUAGGAACAGGUGGUCCCUACAGGCCAAAACCAUAUGCACCUGCUGCUGGUGAAGAGGGUCGACCAGUUGAAGGAUAUGAGGGAUAUGAAGGUACUUGGGAAGAUGGAUAUGGUUACAGUGGAUCUGGGGGGUAUAGAGGAAGAGGUGGACAUCGUGGUCGGGGUCGUGGUAUGUAUCGGGGCGUAUAUCACGGAACUGGUGAUUACCGCGAUGAAGAGUGGAGACGAGCCCCUGAUGGUGAAUAUGAUGGACGAGUUCGUCGUUCUGGAUCGCGAGAGCCUGGAGUCGAUAGAUCUCGUUCUCGCUCUCCACGGCGCCGAUCUCCGGACAGCGAUUCCGAUGGCUCCCCACGUAGAAAUGGUGGUAUGCUUGCAUCUGCCAGGACUCUGCCUGAAGUUGUUCGAAAAGCAACAACAAUUUGGAAUGGAGCAUUAAUUCUUAAAAAUUCAUUAUUUCCAACAAAAUUCCAUCUCACAGAUGGUGACUCUGAAAUUAUUGAUAGUCUGAUGAAAGACGAAGAGGGCAAAAAUCAGUUGAGAAUUACUCAGAGACUUCGAUUAGACCAGCCAAAGCUUGAUGAUGUACAGAAACGAAUAGCAACAUCAAGUUCACAUGCCAUUUUCCUAGGCGUGGCUGGAUCAACAGCUUCAAUAACAAAUGAGGAUGCAAGUAUACAAACAAGACCAAUGAGAAAUUUAGUUUCUUAUUUGAAACAGAAGGAGGCCGCUGGGGUAAUAUCACUGCUGAAUAAAGAGACGGAGGCUACUGGUGUUUUAUAUUCCUUCCCACCAUGUGACUUUUCAACAGAACUACUGAAAAGGACUUGCCACAACCUAACUGAGGAGAGCCUGAAGGAAGAUCACUUGGUCAUAGUUGUUGUGCGAGGGGGUUCUGCCUAGUUGUACAAAAUUAGUUUUACAUACAAACUAUCAUAGUUUAAGAUUUUUAUAAUCUUUUCCUAAUGUUUUCAGAAUAUUAAACUUAUUAUGUAAUUCUUGUGACGUGUAGUGUUUAUGUGAGGUGAUUGUAAACAUAGUUUAGUGAGGGGUCACUAAUUUAUUGUUCAUGUGAAAGUGCUGUGUCUGUCACAGUUUUAGUGUAAAGCAAUAAUUGUUAUUGCGAGUUAAAAGUUUAUUAUAUUAAAAUUAGUUUCUGCUAGAAUAACCGCAAGAAAUAUACAUUGUGUACUCUAUGAAUUAAAAACGGUUUUAGUGUAAACAUAAUCAGUGUAUGGUAAGCAAUGUGUAGUGUGUGAACACAAAUAGAUUAUUUUAUUUGA